AUGCAAGGUAUCGGUGUGACUCGAUUAUGGUUAGGCUUGUAUUGCGAUCACUCCACUCCAGAAUCAUGCCUCUGGGAUUAUGGACAAGGGAAUGCAUUGCUGACAAAUCGAUUUUUAUCAGACUCUCCAGAUAUAAGCAAAGGUAAAUGUGUGUAUAUGGAUGGAAAAAGUGGAAACUGGAGUAGUGUUGAUUGUGAAGAGAAAAUGCCGUACAUGUGUGAACUACCACAAACUUUGGAGGACCCUUCCUGCGAUCACAACUACUAUGGCUAUUGCUACAUCCCUCACUCCACUCUUCUGGCCUAUGGGGACGCUCAAAAAGUUUGCACUCAAAAUAACGCGGACCUGAUAUCAAUCCAUUCCGAGUUUGAAAAUGUAUUCGUCUCAAAUAUCUUCAAGACCCCUGGAGCUAUUUUGAUCGGUGGAGUUGCUCUGUCAAAAGUUAACCUAUGUCACUCUUAUGUGCAAGCCAUCAAAGAAAUUAAUAAAGAUUAUAUCUGGCUGGGAGGGUUCGCUGCUUCAAAAAGUUUUGUGUCGUGGAUGGAUGGGACACCGAUGAAUUAUAAUGGCGUCAGCAUUCGUCGAAUUCACAACGAAAUCUAA